GCCAAGCCCUUUCCUUUUUCAGAUGGGCCCCUUCCUUCGCUCCGCACUCUCUUUGUAGAAAAUAAUCUGGGAAAAAAAAAGAGAAAGAAAAAGAAAAAGAAAGAGAUUUUCUUCUAAAUUCACCCAAAAAUCUGCCAUUGGUGGCCUCCCUAGAUUUCCUGAAUCCAAACUUUGGUGUCCCGAGCUGACCAUUCUUGGGUUUCUUGUCAUUUGCUUUCCCAUCAACAAUAUUGCAACAAAGGGUUUGUUAGUUCAAAACUUCCUCAACUACUCUUGUAUCUCAUUUUAAUGGCCAAGGAGACAAUUGAUAUCCCGGAAACCCCAGAGAAAAUUGAGCUCGAAGGUGAUAAUACAAGGAGGUACUCCACUGGAAACUUAAUUAUUUCAAAGAACGAAGUGAAGGUGCUACCUCGGUAUCUCAGUGAUUCGAUGAGUUCGUGCCAUGAUUUAUGCAAAUAUGGAAUAAAUACUAGCCUUGAGAAGGCAAGGAGUCUCACACCAAAACGAAUAACAGCAAGAUCAUGGGAAGGCCAAGAUCACGUUAAAGACGUAAACUUACAGGAGAGAGAGAAGAAAUCAGUAAUCAAUCCAAAGCAUUUGCCUGAUUCAAAGAGCCAGACAACUGACAAACACCAAGUCAUUGUGAAAGAAGCUCCCACAUCAGCCAAGAAAGUAACUGUAUCUUCAAAACGUUUCUCAUCACCUGGUUCCAGAAUGGAUGUUUCUGCAAAACAUGCUACUGAUUUAAGGCCAAAGCCUGUCCAAUCAAAGCCACCUUCAUUCUUAAAAGCAGGGCAUUUAAGCAGUGGAAGAUACUGUAACACAAGCAAGGACAUGAGGAUGCCCAAAUUUGGGAAGAUGAAAGAUUUGGUGCCACCAGCUGUUUCUUUGUCUCUGAGACCGUCUAUCAAGAGGGAAUUGGGUGCAAAGUCGGGAAACAGUAAGGACCUCAACAAAGUGUCUCAUCUGAAAAGUCGUACUGUUAGAAAAGCAGAAUCCAAGCAACCCAUUAAUGAAGAAGUUCCAGAGAAGACAAUUUAUGUCAUCGAAACGCAGCCUGAUCACCUAACUCAAAAUGGUUGUGACACCUCUCAUUCCCCUCAGUCCCUAAAUCCAUCCCCUGGGGACAAAAAAUUGAAAUGUGGUCAAAUUGGGAUGCAUAGUUCUCGAUCAUCACCAUCCUCUGAGAAGAAAACAUUGGAACACAACCAAAAUGGUAGUCAGGCCACUCAAUCAUGUUCAUCUUCAUCCUCAUCUCUGUCGUCUCAUAAGAAUAGUUUGAGACACAACGCUCCAUCAUCUUCGUCUUCACUAUCGUUGUUGUCAUUGUCCUCAUAUGCAUCCGAGUCUGUGAAAAGCAAUGAAAGUGACCCUGUUUCUGAAGGCAUUGGAACUAAAAUUGAGAACCAAAAACCAAAUCAUGAAGUAGAAAGCACUAGCGAGCCUAGACAAGUAGAAAGAAUAAGCUUGGAAGAUAAAGUUGGCUCACCCCAGAAGCUAACUUUCAGGAUAGGAAAGGUGGUUGAUGUUCCUUCUGAGAACACUAGUCCAAGUAGACACAGAUUUAAGGAAAGAGUAGUGUUAGGUGAGAACCAAAUUGGCAAGGCUGAUACUGAACAGAGAAGCUUGAAGAAAGUAGUUGCUAUUGAUGAGUUAAAUGGUUCUGAAACUGAAACAAUGAAAGUUGUUCUUAGACACCAGGCUGUAGAAGUAGAAAAAAGGAGAGGCCAACAGCGUUUUUUAAAUAAUGUGAUUAAAGAGACUGCAAGCAAGCUUGUCGAAACCAGGAAGAGUAAGGUUAAGGCUUUGGUGGGUGCUUUUGAAAGCCUAAUCUCCCUCCAGGAUAGCAAAUCCUCGGCAACAAUUAAUGCAUCUUGAGUUGCUAAAGAGGAAGAUCCAUUCAAGUUGAGGACGCUUGGAUGAGACACUGGCUCGUCUGUGUUGUUCUGCACAUCUGCUCAACGGUGCAUUACUCAUUAAUUUAAUUUUUAUAUUAUCUUUUUUACUGAAUCUUUUUAUACUUAAUGAUAGGCAAUUUUCAACCUGCACGUAUAUUGUUCAAUGAGUAGUUCAUGUAGCUUUUUGAGAUUGUUGUUAUUUUCCUUUCUUUGGAAUGUAUUAGAAUUAUUUGCUGUUUCAACAUUGAAAUCAUGGUGUAAGUGUGCUAUGUAUAGUUUAGCAUACAGGGACUGGAAGUUUAGAAUCCAAAGGAGAUUUAGGAAUCUGAAUAAAUAUACAGAGAAUGUAUUGAAUGUUUGACUUUUGAAAUAAA